ACGGAGACAGAUCAAUCAAAGGAAGAGUUUUUCUCUCUGUUAUUCUUCAUCAUCAGUGGAUCAAGAUGAAAGAAAAUUACUUGCUGGCUCCUACUGGCUAGUUAGAAUAUUGUUCAUUAGAUCAUUUUCAGCUAUUUACUUUAUUAAAAGGAGUUAUUAAUACGGACAGUCACUUGUCUCAUAACAUAAUUCAGUUAAAAGACUCAAUUGAUGAUAUUUUACCAAGAAGUAAUACUACCCUGCUUCAUUUUUAUCACCUUUUGUCAACGAGAUUGAGCAUAUUUGUUCAAAAUGAAUCAAUACAUGUUAUUAGGUCCUCCCACUGUUGCUAAAGGAGACGGUGAUCUGUCUUGUUUUAGUGUCUUCAGUGUAAGUGAAGGGAAUCAGAAAGAGGAGGAGGAGGAGGAGGAGGAGAAAAGGCGUCAAUCACUUGUAGAACAAGAGCUAUUAUUAGAUAAUGUUUAUAGACAGGCAAGAGAGCUAUUUGAUGAUAAGCCUCAUCAACACAUCACUAAUGACACUACACCAACUGUCUCUGACAAAGCCACACCCACCAUCACCAUGGCAACCAAUAAUCACCACAAAAGUGCUGACUCAUCAAAAUCAUUGAUUACGACACCUAUGUAAAAUUAUGAUGCCUAAGAGUACCAUUACUAUAGCAACCAACACUGGGCGGAGUCUACUUUUUAAUGACACUCCCACUUGCAAUCGGAGUAUUUAAGUGUCUGACUUUAAUAAGGAAGGUUCUGGUGUUUCCAUAGCAACACCAGCCGGUUCUAGGUAUGGCUCAUCACUCUCUCCUCACUCUUUAAGGAUGCUCUCCGAUACUGUUUUCAUGGCAACAGGAGCUGAUAGGAUGAUACCGUAUAAGUGGUUUUUUUCGAGGGAAUUAUAUUUCACGAA